AUGCCAGGAGUUGAAUGUGAGCUGAAAGGUCCCGAGGUCACUGUGAGUGCUCCUAAAGUCGACGUGGGUGCCCCCGACGUCGCUCUCGACAGCCCAGAGGGUAAAUUCAAGCUGCCCAAGUUCAAGAUGCCCAAGUUCUCCAUGCCUGGCUUCAAAGGGGAGGGUGUGGACGUGGACGUGAACCUCCCAAAGGCAGACGUGGACCUCUCGGGCCCCGGCGUCGAUGUGGAAGCUCCCGAUCUCCACGUGGAUGGAAAAGUGAAAAGUCCCAAAUUUACGAUGCCUGAGAUGCACCUAAAGGGUCCCAAGAUCUCCCUCCCUGACGUCGACUUCAACAUCAAGGGGCCUCAGCUGAAGGGGGAUGUAGAUGUGUCUGGACCUAGGCUGGAGGGAGAUUUGAAAGCCCCCCAACUGGACAUCGAGGCUCCCGACGUGACCCUGGAAGGGCCGGAAGGAAAACUCAAAGGCCCCAAGUUCAAGAUGCCCGAGAUGCACAUCAAGGCCCCCAAGUUCUCCAUGCCUGACGUGGACUUCAACCUGAAGGGCCCCAAAAUCAAGGGGGACGUGGACGUCUCGGCUCCGAAGCUGGAAGGGGAGCUUCAGUGUCCAGAUGUUGACAUCAAAGGCCCCAAGCUGGACCUUCAGGCCCCAGAUGUGACCAUCGAAGGGCCGGAGGGGAAACUGAAAGGGCCCAAGCUGAAGAUGCCCGAGGUGCACGUCAAGACCCCCCAGAUCUCCAUGCCGGACAUCGACUUGAACCUGAAGGGCUUGAAGCUGAAAGGUGACGCCGACCUCCAGGGCCCGAAGCUCGAGGGGGGGCUGAAGGGCCCCGACUUGGAUGUCAAAGGCCCCAGAGUUGACAUCGAGGGCCCAGAGGUGGAUGUCGAUGGUCUGGAGGGCAAAAUGAAGCUGCCCAAGAUGAAGCUGCCCAAGUUUGGCCUCAAGGGAGAAGGUCCCGAGGUGGACGUGAACCUGCCGAAGGGGGAGGUGGAUCUCUCAGGUCCCAGGGUGGACGUCGGGGUUCCAGACGUGAACAUCGAGGGUCCUGAGGGCAAACUGAAAGGUCCUAAGCUGAAGAUGCCCGAAAUGCACGUCAACGUCCCCAAAAUCUCGAUGCCCGAGAUAGACUUGAACUUGAAAGGCCACAAAACCAAGGGGGGCUUCGACCUCUCGGCCCCCAAGGUGGAAGGGAACCUGAAAGGUCCUGAGGUCGAGCUCAGAGGCCCAGAGUUUGGAGUCAAAAGCCCCGAGGUCCACCUCGAAUGUCCCGACCUGAGCGUCGAAGGCCCGGAGGCCAACGUCAAGCUGCCCAAGAUGAAGAAGCCCAAAUUUGGGUUCGGGAUGAAAAGCCCCAAGGCCGAAAUCAAAGUCCCAGGGGCGGAGGUGGAUCUACCCGAGGCGGAGCUGAACGUGGAGUCGCCCGACGCCAACCUCGCAGGAAAGGGUAAGAAAAGCAAGUUCAAGAUGCCCAAAAUCCACAUGAGCGGCCCCAAAGUGAAAGGCAAGAAAGGAGGGUUCGACGUCAGCGGGGACCUCGAGGCCAACGUGAAGUCUCCAGACCUGGACGUGAACGUCGCCGGUCCGGACGUGACGCUGAAAGGUGACGCCACGGUGAAGUCCCCCAAGGGGAAGAAGCCCAUGUUUGGGAAAAUCUCCUUCCCGGAUGUCGAGUUCGACCUGAAAUCCUUCCGGGGGGACGCCUCGGUGGCAGCCCCGAAGCUAGAAGGAGAACUUAAAGCUCCUGAUCUAGAGGUCAAAGGCGACCUGAAAGGCCCAAGUCUCAACGUGGACGUGGAAGCUUCUGACGUGAGCCUGAAGACACCCAAGGUCAAACUUCCCAGCGGGCAGUUGGGUGGAGGGGACUUGAAAAUGGAGGUUGACCUGCAAGGAGCCGACGUCGGCGUGAAAGGACCAAAAGUCAAAGGUGGCGUCGGCCUCCCCGGAGCAGAACUGGAAGGUCCCGAAGGAAAAGUGAAGUUGCCCAAAAUGGGGCAAACGGGUCUCGGGUUGGACGUGCCAAGCUUGGACCUCUCGGUGGGGGGAGGUGGGAACCUCCCAUCGCCCGACCUCGGCCUCCGAGGGGUCGACGUGAAGCUCCAAGGGCCUGGUUUGGGUGGGAGCCUGAAAGGACCAAACGUGGCGGGAGAUCUGGACGUCUCGUGUCCCGCGGGAGGACCCGACCUCCGCCUGGAGGGGCCGAGCGUCGACCUCGGAGGCCUGGGAGGGAACCUGAAGCUCCCCAAGCUGAAAUCCCCCACGCUGGAAGCCCCAGAGCUGAGCCUGGAAGGAGGCGCCGACUGCUCCGUCCCCCGGGUGGAGGUGGGGGCGAAAGCCCCGGGGGGGAACCUCGACCUGGGCGUCGCCAUCAAAGGCCCCUCGGUGGCCGUCUCCACCCCGGAUUUGGAUCUGGACCUGAAAGGACCAAAGUUGAAAGGAGAUCUUGACGCUUCUGCCGGCGUAAAACCCCCUCAGCCGUCGGCCGACGGGGCCGGCUUGGAAAUUUUGGGUGGUACCAUCAAGCUCCCCUCCCUCAAACUGCCCCAGUUCAGCGUUUCCAGCCCCGGGGGGGACGGAGCCGUCGCCUUGGAAGGUCCCCAG